AUGGCGAGACUCACUGACGAUACCGACAACGAUGCCGACUACGAUCCUGGCCCAAAACGCGUGGUAAUGUACCACGUUCAUGGUUUAACUUUGGAAAUGAUCAUGCAGACAAUGGACCCCGAACUA